AUGACUUCUCAAUUCCUUGACCUAGACCGCGAGUCGUGGAAUGCUGAGUGGAAGUCAAACAACACUUACAGAUUCAUCAACGUCCAUAAUGGAACCAAAUUUCAUCUCGAUUGCAUUCCUAAUGGGCCAGUGUUUAUGAGUCCAGAUGUUGACGAUACUCCGUAUCAGAGUCGACAGCAGUGGCUUAUGACAAGUGCGCCAAGCGUGAAUGACAAGGCGUUCAGCACUACAGCUUUACAAGUGACAUCCUCAACUCCAUCUGAAGAAAACCCAACUUCGACCGCUGGGUCAGAAUCAUCAUCCUCGGGCGGAAACAACUUUGCAUUGGGAAAGGUAGCUGGUAUAAGCAUCGGAGUAGUGCUCGGUGUCAUGGCCCUGGCUAUCUCCAUGGCAGCCUUCAUUUUAUGGAGGGCCACGAACAGGAGGAACGGAAAAGGCUCGUCCCCAGGUAAUGCGACGCAAAGCGACAAAGGACAAGGUGAAGACAGCUCCGCAAUUCCACCGCAUCAGCAUUUCAGUCCCGAAGACGUAGGGAGGGUUCCAAAAUGUGCCGAGCUCGACGGAGAUCCUCUUGGUGCUAAGCUUCCUUCGAAUUAG